GUCAAGAUCAAGAAAGUACGACGCCUGAUCCAGCUUCCCUUUGCAGUUUCACGGAAUAUAUUUUGAACGUUAUUGCAUAUGCGAUCCGAACUGGACCGGGCCAACAUGUGCAGAGGUGACAACAACACCUACGACGACAACAACAACAACUACUACUACAACUACAAUGCCCACGACAACAGCAUACAUAAAUACCCACCAAUGUCAACAUCAAUUACUGUCAGUGCAACUCCUCAACAAAGAAUCAAGCUCACACCCGGGAGCAUUCGUGUGUCCCGGCUCACCCACACGUACAUCCACGAGGCUCUCGUGCUGAGUAACUGUCUAACCGUCAAUAAUGAUACCACAUCAUGGGUGUUCGGAAAACAGGUGAUGUCGAGUUGCCACAAUCUCCCACCAUUCACAGCCGUAGCUGCUUUUGACAACAAUCAAUAUGUUUCCCAAGGAGGGCUCUCUGGAAUCAUCAUGGAAUGCACGACCAAUGGAUUUAAGAUUGCGGUUCAGGAGUGUGGCCUUGACCCUGCCAUCGUCACCAUAACAACACAGGGAGUCAACCUGAUGGACGCCUUAAACUACUAUACAAUUCUUUAAUUAAUAACCGAAUAUCAGUGAAUGGAACUUCGUUGAUUUGGUACAAUUUGAAAAUAAAGACUUCCAAUCUGACUAAA